AUGCCCGGUAGCAGCAGUAAGAGCGGAGGGCGGGGCCCCUCCUCUUCCCCCCUCCCACAUGCCGUGGUCCCGCCCAGCAGGCCCCUCAGACCUUCCCGCUACGUCCCUGUUUCAGCAGCCACCUUCUUCCUGGUCGGAUCCACCACGCUGUUCUUCUGCUUCACGUGUCCGUGGCUCUCGGAGCGCUUCUCUGUUGCCAUUCCAAUCUACAAUGGAGUUAUCUUUCUGUUUGUGUUGGCUAACUUCUGCAUGGCCACAUUCAUGGACCCCGGCAUCUUCCCAAGGGCGGAAGAAGACGAGGACAAAGAGGAUGACUUCCGUGCUCCGCUCUACAAGACGGUGGAGAUCAGGGGGAUCCAGGUCAGGAUGAAAUGGUGUUCAACCUGUCGCUUCUACAGACCCCCACGUUGCUCCCACUGCUCCGUCUGUGACAACUGUGUCGAGGAGUUCGACCAUCACUGUCCGUGGGUGAAUAACUGCAUCGGCAGGAGGAACUACCGCUACUUCUUCCUGUUCCUGCUGUCUCUGACGGCUCACAUCAUGGCCGUGUUUGGGUUCGGACUGCUCUUCAUCCUCUACCACCAGAAGAACAUCGACCACCUCCACGCCAUCGUUACGCUGGCUGUAAUGUGUGUGGCAGGCUUGUUCUUCAUCCCUGUUGCUGGGCUCACUGGUUUCCAUGUGGUGCUGGUGGCCAGAGGCAGAACAACCAACGAGCAGGUGACUGGAAAGUUCCGAGGGGGGGUGAAUCCGUUCACCAAUGGCUGUUGGAGGAAUGUCUCCCAUGUCCUCUGCAGCUCUCAGGCGCCCAGGUAUCUGGGCAGGAAGGCGUGUGUGCAAAGCGUGAGUGUUCAACCUCCAUUUCUGCGGCUGCAGCUCACCGAGGCUCAGCUGGCAGCCAAGAUCCUGGACAACGGCAUCCAGGGAGACAUGCACAGGUCCAAGUCCAGCCUUGAGAUGAUGGAGAGUCAGUCGUGUGACGCUGAGCCCCCUCCUCCUCCCAAACCCGAGCUGCGUUACCCUGGAAUCAGGAACAUGGAAGAGUGCAGCCUGCUGAACAAAGCCCCUCCCACCCCCACCAUGUACAAGUACAGGCCCACCUACAGCCCGGGGAAGAACCACGCCACGCUCACCCAUGCUUACGCCAACCAGCUGAGUCGAGGGGAGAGUGUGGGCAGUGCCAGGGACUCCUCCUCCUCCACCUCCUCCCUGAUGCAGUCCAGCCAGCAGCCUGGCUUCCACUCCCAGCCCAGCCUGGACAGAAGGGAGGCGUCCUCGGACAGAGGGGCGGGGGGGCCGGUGGGGGACAGGAGGGAGGGGGGGGGCAUGCCUGGCUACUCCCUGGGGGGCCGCUCCUACCCUUCCUUCUCCGACCACACGGUCCUCUCUGGGGGGGCAUCCCGCUCCUCCAGCUCCACCCACACCUCGGUGGGCCCCGCCCACGUCUCCGAGGCGACCACCGCCUCCACCAGCUUCAAGAGCCUGGCCAAUCAGACGCCGCCACCUCACCACGCCUCCCGGAACGGCAGCCUUUCCUACGAGAGCCUGCUGGCAGGAGAGGACAAAGCGGGGGGGUCAGGGAGGCCCUGCACCCCAGCAGCCCCACCCCUGUCCUCCCAGUCCCCCCAUCACCACCGCCCCCCCCACCCCUUCCUCCACCGCUCCUCCUCAUCCCCUCCGCCCCCCCCAGAGAAGGAGGCAGCCAAUCAGACCCCCGCUCUGCUUUCCUCAGCCCCGCCCCCCCCACACCAUCACCAUCAUCACCAUCACCACUCCCACCACCACCACCACUCCUCCUCCCGCCCUCCCCGCUUCGCCGCCCCCCAUGCCCCAUCCCACCACGCCUACCCGUACCGGACCCGCUCCACAGACGCCCCCCUGGGCCCCCCCUCCUCCAGCAGCUCCGCCCGCUCGCCCCUCUCCUCACAUCCGCCGCCGCUGGGAAAGUCUCUGUCGUACUCCAGCGCCGCCGCCGCUGAGAUGCAGUACCGGUUGGUCCGCAAGGCGUCGGCUUCAGCUGGAGCGAACGCCGCCGCCGUGGGAGGAGGGGAGGGGGGUGGAGGGGCCGUACCAGCACCAAAAGGUGAGCCGAUCCGGAUCAGCCCUCUGAGUCGGACCAAUGGCGGCCAGCCCUUCUCCUCCUCCUCCUCCUGCUCCGCCCCCUCCUCCCCCUCUCACCUGGCCUCCUCACCCAGCAGAACCGGAGCGGAACACCCGAGCUCGCCGAUGACACAAAGUCCGCUCCACAGGCCUCAGGGCGGCGGGGUGAAGAAGGUGACGGGCGUCGGCGGAACCACCUAUGAGAUUUCUGUGUGAUUUCCUGUUCAGAGCUUCUGGACGGUGUGGUUUGGACCUGGACCAGGCUGGUAGCCUGAGAAGCCAUGAAUAAUCAGACAUCUGGCCCAGUCCUGGGGGGCGGGGCUUCCUUGACCAAGUGUAGCUUUCCUUAAGGUUAAUUGAGCACUUUGGACUUCAGUCAAACUGGACUUUUCUAUUUGAACAAGUGAAUCCUGUGCAGAAGCGGAUCAGUUCCCAGUGAGGGACUCCUGCAGAAGCUGUGGUCUGAUGCCAGAUGAGGAUCGCUGUGAGGUUUGGCUCCGCCCCCACAGCGCUGCCUCUGCAGCAGAAGCUCAUUGGGACCUGAUGUCUUUAGCUGUUUUACUCCUGCCUGUACAGAAUGAUGUGAUUUCUACAUGUGGGUUUGUUUGUGGAGAACUGGGCGCCGUCUGCAGACAGGAGCAUGUGGUGUUUGCACAGGCCACCGCAGGAACAACACGCUAACGUCACUGAACAUGUGUUGGCUCUGAAUGACCGAGCAACUUUUCUACAAAAUUCCUUCUCUGAACAAUUGCCUUGAAAACCAACAUUUCAAGUAUUUUUUUUUUAUUUCUUUUAUUUAAUUUGAUGUUUUUUUAUCAAUUUGUACGGUAACCCAGCUGUUAAUGAAUGGAGAGUUUUAAAUAUUGAGUCUUGAAGCUUGGGGUGAAAGUGGAAGGCUGAUUGGCUGAAAUGUUCCAGCUGUUCUCCAGGAUCACAGCUGGACGCCACAUUGAGCUGCCCUGACCGAUCCAGCCACUGAUGGAGGCGGAACAUUUCAGCAGGAAUCUGCAUCUCUACAGGAAGCCGAUGGCAGUAAAGCAACGUUUCAGAUAGAAAGUAAUGUGUCAACCUGAGUCUGAAAAUAAAUGGUUACAUGUGGACAGCA